AUGUGGCCCCUGGUCGUGCUUCUGCUGCUGAGCUCGCUGCGCAGCGGUUCAGCUCAACUAAUAUUUAAUGUAAUCAAAUCUGUAGAAUAUACUGUUUGCAAUCACACCGUUGUCAUCCCAUGUUUUGUUAAUAAUGUGGAGACGAAGAACAUCACUGAAUUGUAUGUCAGAUGGAAGUUUAAAGGAGAAAACAUUUUCAUCUUUGAUGGGAGUCAGCGGAUGUCCAAGUCCAGCAAUUACUUUCCUAGCGCAAAAAUCACACCGUCAGAAUUACUGCGCGGCAUCGCCUCUUUGAAGAUGGACAAGAGUGAUGCCGUCUCAGGAAACUACACUUGCGAAGUAACGGAGUUGAGCAGAGAAGGGGAAACCAUCAUAGAACUCAAAUAUCGUGUUGUUUCAUGGUUUUCUCCAAAUGAAAAUAUCCUCAUUGUUAUUUUCCCAGUUUUGGCUAUACUUCUGUUCUGGGGACAGUUUGGUAUUGUGACACUUAAAUAUAAAUCCAAUUACACGAAGGAGAAAGCCAUUUUUCUGUUAGUUGCUGGGCUGCUGCUCACCGUCCUCGUCACUGUUGGCGCCUUUCUUUUAAUCCCAGGUGAAUAUUCAACAAAGAAUGCUUCAGGACUUGGUUUAAUUGUACUUCCUACAGUAAUAUUAAUAUUACUUCAUUACUGUGUAUUUAUGAUAGCUAUGGGGAUGUCCUCCAUCACCAUCAGCAUACUGAUCCUUCAGAUACUGGGCUAUGUGCUGUCUGUGGUCGGAUUCAGCCUCUGUGUCUCAGAAUGUGUCCCAGUGCAUGGUCCUCUUCUGAUUUCAGGUUUGGGUAUUAUAGCUCUAGCAGAAUUACUUGGAUUAGUUUAUAUGAAAUGUGUUGCUUCCAAUCAUAGGACUAUACAACCUCCUAAGAAAGCUGUAGAGGAACCUCUUAAUGCAUUUAAAGAAUCAAAAGGGAUGAUGAAUGAUGGUCAGCUUGAGUCUCAAGACUUUCAUAAAAAUCCCUUAACUAUCUCAGCGCACACAGCAGACUGGGUGUUGCGAGAACCUAGACUUCAGAACGCGGCCGUCUUUGCAGCUCGGGAAAAUGAGGCCGAUGGCCGGAGACGCAGCUCCUUCUCUGAAGCUGUCGCUUUUCCUUAA